GUGGGCGCAGUGACAGUGGAGAGCCACAUGUCGAUGAAGGACAGGUUGGCCAGGAAGUAGUACACGGGGGUGUGGAGGUGGGAAUCCACCCGGAUCACCAGCAGGAUGAGGAGGUUCCCCACCACCCCCUGUUGCAUCAGUGUGGCGCUUUGAAAAGGCGUGGUGGCUUCCUUUUUCCAGGACGAUAUGAAGUCAGCGAGAUAGCGAAGAGGGAGUGGAUUGGAUGUUCUUCAAAUUAUAUAUUCAAAGAGAAAAGAAAUGAAAAGGUAUGAAGAACUGAAGAAAACUCUGGCUGGAAGACUGGGCAUCUCUGACAGAAAAGGAACAUUUCUUCACUAAUUUCUAAGAUGCUUCUGCCUUAUGGCAACAAGAAACAAGGCAUUGCCAUCUUUGAGCCUCUGAGAGAAGUGAAACCCUGUGCCACCAUGGUGCGCCCCUGUGGCCUUCUCACCUGCCGAGAGGAGCCAGUGCCACUGAAGAGCAUCUCUGUGAACUUGUCCAUAUGUGAGUUUGUGGCUGGUGUGUCUGCAACUUUAAACUAUGAGAACGAGGAUAUCAUUCCCGUGGAGGCCUUCUUUGUGUUCCCGAUGGAUGAAGACUCAGCUGUCUAUAGCUUUGAGGCCCUGGUGGAUGGGAAGAAAAUUGUGGCUGAAUUACAGGAUAAGAUGAAGGCUCACGCCAACUAUGAGAAUGCCAUUUCCCAGGGCCACCAGGCCUUCCUCCUGGAGGAGGACAUCAGCUCCAGGGAUGUCUUCUGUUGCAAUGUGGGAAACCUCCACCCAGGGUCCAAGGUGGCACUCACCCUGCACUACGUGCAGGAGCUGCCCCUGCAAGCCGAUGGGGCCCUGCGCUAUGUGCUCCCAGCUAUCCUGAAUCCUCGGUAUAAUCUCUUUGGACAGUCUAUGAGAAGUUGCCUUCAAAUGAAGACUCCUGUAGUUCCUCUGAAGGGCCUGCCCUACACACUCAGCCUGGUCGCCACCAUCAGCUCCCAGCAUGGCAUCGAGAAGGUGAAAUCCAACUGCUCCUUGAGUCCUCUUGAGUACCUUGGAGAUAAGAAGACUGAAGUUCAGGUUUCUCUGGCUGAUGGGCACAAGUUUGAUUGCGAUGUGGAGCUCCUGAUCUACUACUGUGAGGUGCACAAGCCUAGUGUGGCCGUGGAGUUGGGAAAACAAAAAGCAAAGCCAGAGUCUUUGAUGGGAGAUCCAUCUGCAAUGGUGAGUUUCUAUCCCAGCAUCCCAGAAGCCCAGCCACCAAUUACGUGUGGCGAAUUCAUCUUCCUCAUGGACUGCUCGGGAAGCAUGCAGUGCUCCAUGAGUAAACGGGAGAAAGGAAGGACGCGCAUGGAUAUUGCCAAGGAAACACUGGUUUUGCUGCUGAAGAGUUUGCCUUUAGGCUGUUAUUUCAACAUCUUUGGAUUUGGAUCUAAAUAUGAAGCAUUCUUUCACGAUAGUGUGAGGUACACCCAGGAUAUGAUGGAGGAGGCCUUGAGGAAAGUGAAGGUUAUGCAAGCAAACCUAGGGGGCACUGAAAUCUUGUCACCACUCCAGACCAUUUUCAAUGGACCCCCCAUCCCAGGCCACCCCCUGCAGCUUUUUGUCUUCACAGAUGGAGAAGUUACUGAUACAUUUACUGUCAUUAAAGAAGUGAGGAGCAACAGAGAGAGGCACAGAUGUUUCUCAUUUGGAAUUGGAGAAGGUGCCUCCACCAGCCUAAUAAAAGGCAUUGCCCGGGUCGCUGGGGGAACUUCAGAAUUUAUCAGCAGCAGGAACAGGAUGCAGUCCAAGGCUCUUUUGGCCCUGAAGCGUUCUCUACAGCCUGUGGUAGAGAAUGUCUCUUUGAGCUGGGCUUUGCCUCAAGGUCUGUCUGCUCAAAGGCUUUCCCCAGAACAGACUGUUAUCUUUAAGGGUCAGAGGUUAAUCAUCUAUGCCCAGUUGACCGGGACAAUGCCGCCAGAAGAGGCAACAGGACAAGUAUGCCUCAGAUACACACUCCAGGACAAGAGUUAUGAGAAUAAGGUGACAUUUUAUCUACAUCCCAAGCAUGAUGCCAACUUCACCAUUCACCGCCUUGCUGCCAAGUCCUUGCUCCAAGUCAAGGACAUGGGCUUAAGGGAGACUCCAGCAAAAGAUAAAAAAGAAGUGUUGAAUAUCAGCAUGGAGUGUGGAGUUAUAAGUGCUCACACAGCUUUCAUUGCCAUCAACAAGACCCUCAACCAGCCAGUUCAGGGUCCCAUGGCUCGCAGGGACAUUCCGAGGCCAAUUCUGUUGGGUUCUGUCAGUGCAACACCAAGAUGUUAUGGAACUGGAGUAGGCACACCCCAUGCUCGUGGUGUCAGACAAAAGAAGAAAUGCAUGUCUCCCAAAGAGACCUCCCCAGAGAUGGGAAGGACUCAUUCUUCCAUGGACGAGACCGACUUGGAAACUCCCCAUACAGUCUUUGGAGAGCAUCGUCUUGUGCAGCUGAUUGCCCUCCAGAAGGCAGAUGGUUCCUGGGAUCUGAAUGAAGGUCUGGCCGUGGUCCUAGGUAGGAGCAUGGAAGACCUCCUGGCUGCAGUUCCAUUCAAGAAUUAUGAUUCCUCGAUCUGGGCCACCAUCCUGGCUGUGCUCUGGCUGCAUGCCAAUGGUGAGGACCUGAAGUGCGAGUGGGAGCUGCUGCAACAGAAGGCUGUGAACUGGAUUCGCAUCCAUGCAGGUACCCCCCUGAGGGAGCUUGUGAAAGCUGGUAUUGAUCUCCUGAAGACAACUGUGGACCCCUCCAUCCUUGGACUCUGAGGAUGUCCUCCAGAAACACAAGUGCCUCUCCUCUGCUUCUGACCCUUCUUUUACUCUCUCUUCUGUUGUGAUGUGUUUUUUUUGUUUCACACCUAUUUUAUCAAUUUUCUGUCAUGAAUGUAAAAGAUGCCCAGUGACGUUCCUUCUCUGUCCCCUCUUCCUGUCCCCAAGCAUUCCCCUCAGGCCAGCGUCAGUGGUCCCAGAACACGUUCCCUUUCUUGGAGGAGUUCAGAGCAUUCAUCGACAGUGAUGUUCCUCCUGGGUUUUUCAGAGUGACAAGAGACAUAACAGGUGACAGGGACACCAGAGUGAAGGCUACAGCACCGAUGUUAGGGGAUGCCUGAAUUAGAGAACUCUCUGUGGCAUAUUUAUCUAGUCACUGUUUAUCUUAAAUACUUACCAAGACCAGACUGGCUAUCCCUGAAGUUUUCCAUUUUUAAAUAGAGGGAGAAUUUGGAGGAGAGGUUGAAAGCAAAUAUCAGGAUCAAUAGAAACUCAAGAUCAUGAAGAAAGAGACUCAAGGGGUCCAUGGCAAGAGCUGGCUCUUUUUGGGAUCUUCUUGACUGUAUUGACGUUGGCUUUCAUAGCCUAAACUAUAUGAUUUUCUUCAUGUUGAGUGGAGUUACAGCUGUUGGCAACAGAUGUUUCUUCUUAAUCAGUAAACAUCACAGUAAGGGGGUUAUAAUGGAAUCCUCAGGCCUAGCCGGAGCUUCUGAAUCCUCUAAGCUUGACUGAUCUAGGAAAAUAAAGAGAAGAAUGAGUUUAAAGGCAGCUUUGCCUGAGAGCUGAAGCUGGAUCACACACCCCAUCUGGAAGAAAGGAGCUCUCCAUUCCUGAACUCUUCUGGCCCUUAUGUCCCAUGUAUUGUAUCCUAAUGAAAAUCCCUAUAAUACUGAUGUAUCAAUAUAAAAAUGACUAUCCCUACUGCACCUCAUUAAAUCUGGUCUUUUAUAGAUUCAUUUAUUGAGCCUGCAGUGGGUUUAUCAUCCCUCAUAUUCCAUCACAACU